AACGGAUGUCAUCGUCCAGAGGAGUAAUGGCGUUCAUAGCGGACACAAUUUUCCUACUGUUUGCCUGUUGUGUUUAAAUUUCCGUAUUAGAAGUAGAUACUCCCUAGUGAUCGAUACCCUCAUUAAAUAAUAAUUGCUUGAAUCUGUAUGUUCAAUUAGUCAGUUCGAAAAUAUAUUUUUACAUUCGGUGCAAGAAAGUGGUUGUGUACAUUUCAAGGGUUUUACAGUGGAACAGCAUCAAAGAAAAUUUGUUCACAAUUAAUGAGCAGAAUUAUUAACUGCAAUGGGCUCAUCAUAGCAACGUUAAGAAAUAUUAAGCAACAAAUAUGUUUGUCCCGUAUUACCCAUUUAGAUUAUAUUUUUUUUUAUAUAUUUGAAUUGAAUAUAGCAUACUAUAAAUUAUUUCAUUAUGUCUGCAAAUACUCAAUUCGCAAAUCCUCCGCCAGCUAUAAGCUUACCUAAUAUGUCGGUACCACCACCUGCAACUCCAAAUUUAUCAGCUCCACCUCCCAAUUUAACUACCAUCAAUACAUCUGGGAGCUAUCAACAUCGAUACACUAAUCACAGAGAUGGAGCUCGUGGUUUCUUUAAACCAUUCAGACCAUACCAUGCUCCCAAAAUUGUUGCUGCUGGUCAAGAUAGUUUGCAAGAUGAAUUUGAUGGGAAAAGACUUAGAAAAUCUGUUAUGCGCAAAACUGUUGAUUAUAAUUCUGCUAUUAUAAAAAGCUUAGAGAAUCGAGUAUGGCAAAGGGACUAUCGGGACAGACGUGCUCUUCAGCCAGAUGUAAUGUAUUAUCCUGACUUACUCCCACCACCCAGUUAUGUUGACAAUCCAAUAAAUGCAGUCACGACAAGAUUUGUGAAGACUGCAACAAAUAAAAUGCGUUGCCCUAUCUUUUGUAUGGCAUGGACACCAGAGGGCAGACGCCUGGUCACUGGUGCAUCCAGCGGAGAGUUUACUCUAUGGAAUGGCCUUACUUUUAAUUUUGAAACUAUUUUACAGGCACAUGAUAGUCCAGUGAGGACAAUGGUAUGGUCACACAACGAGAGCUGGAUGGUUACAGGAGAUCAUGCAGGCUACGUGAAGUAUUGGCAGAGCAACAUGAACAACGUCAAGAUGUUUCAAGCUCACAAAGAAGCUAUUAGAGGACUCAGUUUCAGUCCAACGGAUCAUAAGCUGGCAACAUGCAGUGAUGAUGGAACUGUGAGAAUAUGGGACUUUCUUCGGUGUCAUGAAGAACGCAUCCUGAGAGGUCAUGGUGCCGAUGUAAAAUGUGUGCACUGGCACCCUCAAAAAAGUCUAGUCAUCUCUGGGAGCAAGGACAACCAGCAACCGGUUAAAUUAUGGGAUCCAAAGACUGGUCAGUCGCUCGCAACUUUACAUGCUCAUAAGUCAACAGUCAUGGACGUGAAAUGGAAUGAAAAUGGAAACUGGUUGGUAACUGCGUCACGAGAUCAUUUGCUCAAGUUAUUCGAUCUCAGGAACCUAAGCCAAGAAGUUCAAACGUUUCGUGGUCAUAAGAAAGAAGCUUCUAGUGUCGCGUGGCAUCCGAGUCAUGAAGGCCUGUUCUGUAGCGGCGGUAGUGAUGGCGCUAUUUUAUUCUGGCAUGUUGGAGCCGACAAAGAAGUGGGUGCUAUAGAACAAGCUCACGACAGCAUAGUUUGGACGUUAGCUUGGCACCCAUUAGGACAUAUACUUUGCUCCGGUAGCAAUGACCAUACUUCAAAGUUCUGGACACGGAACAGGCCUGGUGACUUGAUGAGAGAUAAGUAUAAUCUCAACACGUUACCAGCGGGAUCUGCUGGUAUUGACGAUCAUGAAAUAGCUGACGAAGCGGCUGUAAUACCUGGUAUGGGACCAGAAGACAGAAUCAACGCUGACGGCGAACCGGAAGACAAAAGCGGUGGAAUUCCAGGUUUGGAUUUGGAUCAUGCUGUUGACGAAGGGAAGAAAUUUGCGAACAAGAAGGUACCGUAUAGUAAACCUAUUCCACGAAACUUCCAAGCACAGUGGAAUGAAAUGGAAGCUGAAGAUAUGGAACAAGUCGAGGCACUAAACGCGUUCGUGAAUCAGUUGAUCGAAACUACGCCAGGAGCAGUGCCUCUGAACGAAGUCACACCUAAUGGUAUUAUAUUGUACGGGAAAAUGAUUCCUGUUGAACCUGGUUCCAAGCUAGCGGAGGCAAUUAGCAAAGGAAACGAUGCUAUAAAUAAAUUAGUAUUCUCUGGCGAAGUAGAAGAGCUACGGGACGUCGUUGGUCCACCGGACAACGUGGACGAGGCGGAUGAAUUUUUGCAGGACGACGGCGACAUAGAUUAUUCCAAGGUUCCUGACAUCGAACUUCCUCCACCGUUACCUAGUUCUAAGUUCGCACAAAACCCUGAACUACUUAAGACUUUAAAUCGUGGUGGAAAACGGAAAUUCGAUCAGCUGAUCGGUUGGAGCGACGGUGGAGCCAGCGACAGGACGUCCAAGAUACAUCAGCCCGUUUUCGGCGGUGUAAUGACUGAAGAUUCGCAAUCCAGUGAUACCGAUUUAAGGUACACUUGUAGCAAAGGGAACCAGCACUCGAACGAUAAUAACUCUUUCCACGCCGGACAAGACGAGGAUCUCAGGAAGCUGCCUCAUGGUGAUAAUGCUAGAAACAUGAACCGUGGCGACGAAGACUUGCGAUUCAACAUAUCCAGCGGACCCGGCAGGCCUAGCUCUCGUUCCGAUUACGAUGUAAGAAGUAAUUACGUCGACAAAGAUUUCAGGAGUUCGCACGGAUUCCCCUUGAAAAAACCCUUAGACAACGAUAUUUACGACGACAGAGAUCGCGACGGUAGCUCGCGGUGGGACGAUGAAAAAUCGAUGAACGACGGCGCUCGAAAAGGGGAUGGUAGUUUCUCUAACAACUUUGAUAAACGUGAUAACAUGCCGAUGGGCAUCGGUCCCGGCAUCAGUAAUAAUAUGUCCCAUUUAAGCAACAGUAUAUCCCACAUGUCCAGUCACCAUAAUAUGCAAAAUAUUAAUCCCAACAUGCCCCCUCCGAUUCCGAGUUUAGUGCCACACCCGAAUAUGUCUCAACAUCCAAUGCAGAAUAAGCCCUUGCAUCCUGGAAUGCAAGGGAUGGACGGUCCUAUGCACAUGAUGCAUCAUCCCAACAUGCAUCCCGGUUUCGGUCCGAAUGGGCCACCGCCUGGAAACUUUGGUCCCAACUUCCGGCCACCAAACGGUAAUUUCGGUCCGAAUCAGCACUUCAGGCCAAGCCCGUUACCUCUGUUCGGAUCAAAUCAGGGACCGUUUGGCAAUAGCUUUCAAGGUUUGCCAAAUUUCAGGGGGCCCAACGCCGGCCCCCCGAAUUUCGACAGACCCGGCUUCGGCCCGGGUUUCCGGGGUCAGAACCCUGGACAGAAUGCGCCAAAUAAUUUUAAUUCGAAUUUCGGUAACUUCGGGAAUAAGCUUGGACCAAAUCGUGUCAUGAAUCGGGGUCCUAACGACAAUAAUAUGGGCAGAAGUGGGUACAACAACCGCGGUAGAGGACGCGAUGGCGACCAACCACGUGGUAUCCGAGGAAGAGAUAACUAUUGAGACGAACGAGGAAAGGUCUUGGUGUGUAAACGUUGAUAGACUACCGUUCGCACCGCAUGUGGACCGGUGCUUCAUGCAGGUUAUACAGUUUCCGACGAAAACAUCAUAUUUGUCGGACGGUGGUACUUUGUAAAAGCAUCGCAGUGUAAAAUAAUGACCCAAAUUGGACGCGCGCGUUGCGAGCCAUUUUGUACUCUCUGUUAAAGAACCGGACGUUAUGUGCUUGAAUGAAAGUAUAUAUUUUUUUUCAAGGAACUUUAUUUGGGACAGCUGUCCUUUUCCAGAGAAGCGACUGAUUAUUCAUUAUUAGACGGCUAGAUUUCUAAAUACGGGAGGUACCUCAUUGAUGUAAGCGCGACCUCUCCGCGUCUUGUAACUGUCGCGCAGAAUAUACGAAUUGUCUACGAGACGUACGGGAUCGCAAGAAUUGUAAUAUAAUAUAUAACCAAUGACACCAUGCUGUCUCGAAGAAAAAAUCUGUUCACAAGCUGCCUUGCGAAAGAACUUUCUUGUUUCGAUUUGAGAAUCGAUUUGGCGCGCGGAAAAGGAAAAAAAGCGAAGGAAGGAAGCAUGUGAAGCAUGUCGAACGUUUCAUAAUUGUUGCUGGUCGUCGAAAAUAUGAAAAAAAAGAAUGAAAAACUGUGAACCAGAACAGUUUACCUAUCAGUUAUUAAUAAAAUUGAGUAAGACGCAAGAA